CACACACACACACAGAGCUCAGCUAGAUGACUGUGAUCUCAUAAUAUUCUGCUGUGGGUACAGAGGGAGGGACUCUGACAGUAAACCUCGGCUGGCAACAGAAACCAAUCAGAGCGACACCUUACUGAGGACAUCGAUCGGGAUUUAUUUAUCUGACGGAAACCGCCAUCAGUCUGUCAAACAACAACCUUCAGAAACCCCCAGAGAAACAUUAACGCUUUUUGAAAUAUCGCCGACGACAUGGCUGAUUUUAGUAUCGAUCAGAACAACCUGCCUGGCGUUAAAGAGGUGUGCCGGGACUUUGCUGUGCUAGAAGACCAUUGUCUGGCCCACAACCUUCAAGAACAGGAAAUCGAGAGCCACCUGGCAUCCAAUGUCCACAAGAGCCGUCUGGUGCAGCAGGACCUGCAGGUGGCCAAACGCCUGCAAGAGGAGGAAGACCUGCGGGCCAAAGCCGUGAGCAAGAAACAACACCGACACUUUGAACGCAUCGACAAUGAAAUUGCUCAGGAGAUUCAAGAACAACUGGUCCGGCAGGCUGAGCAACAGAGGCAACAGGAGGAGAAAGAUGAGGCCAUCGCCAGAAAGUUGCAGGAACGAGAGAUGAAAGAGGAGAGAAGACGACAAAAGCAGCUGGAAGCGAACUUGGAAGAGGAGUAUUAUGAAGAGAAAGCCUUCCGACCUCCACUGGAUUUGCGAGAGCAGCAUCCCGGUUUCACUUCUCCAGGUUACAGAAAAGAAAGGCAUCCCGACUACAGUCGUGGUCAUUCCCCAUACAACUCUCCCGACCCAGACAGAAAAAGAUACGAUACCCAUAGCCGAUAUCCAGAAAAUGACCCAGUUGAGUCUGGACGAUCAAGGUAUCCAGAGAGAUACCCAGAAGUUUACCCAAAAGAGAGAAACAGACCCCUAGAUCUCAACUAUACGGAACCUCGCAGAAGAAAGAAACAGGAUAAAUUGGACGAACCCCGUUCUGCAAGAGGUGACAUGGAUCCUGUAGUGCGCAGGAAGGAGAAGCCUCUCAGGGAUUACUCGGCUGGUCAGGACAGAGUCUGGGACAAGGAGAGGAACAGGGAUACAGAACUAGAAAGAGAUGGACAGAGAACCAAAGAGAGGCCAAGGGACAGAGACCGGGCAAGAAGUCAAGAUCGAUUGUUAAGCGGAGAUGUCAACAGAGUCAACGAAAGAGACCGAAUUGAAGACAGGGAGGUCGACAGAAACGGCUAUGGACAAAGUAGCAGAGACAGACAAAGGGAAAGAGGCAGAGAUGGAAACAGGGAGAGACACAAAAGCAGGGACAGAAGCAGAGAGUGGGAGCUGGAUGAUUACAGACUUACCCCCAGUAGGGACUGGUCAGAAGACGGCCUGGUGUUGGAGGAUCACAAGAACAGACCGAGGCUUCCGUCAGGUCCUAAUGAGGUGUUUGAGGAGCCCAGUCUCAGAGGUCACUCUAAUGAGGGUCGGUCCCCUCGCCAUUCCCCCAGAGAUGGAGGCAGGAAGGUUCGAGGAGAGUAUGGCGUGAGGGAAGCAAUGCAUGGAUUGGCUCACUUAGACCUACAAGAACUAGAGCUCAAAGACAUGGAGGUGGCACGCAGGCUACAGGAAGAGGAAAUCAAGGCAAGCAAAAUUGACAAACAAGCUGCCCAGCUUGCACAAGAUGAGGAAUUAGCCCGGCAACUGAUGGAGGAAGAGAAAAGAGAGUAUAAGAGAUCGAGAGAGAAGGAGAAACAAGCGAUGGAGAGAAGACGAGCCGAGGUGGAAUAUAAGCCAGUGCAAGAAGAAGUUGUACGACCACGAAUGCGGGAAGAGGUGCGCAGCAGAGAGGACGAGUACCAGAGAGCACGUAACCACAAACCUGCCAGGCCGCCUCCACCUACACAGCACUAUGAGAACAUAAACCCAAACUAUGCUUAUGAGGAGAGCCCUUAUUCUCCUCGCCCUCCUUCAAGGCCAGAAGCAGCAUACAAAGGUGCCUACUACAGACAGUGACCAUGAGCUUCUACUGUUGUCCAAUCAUGAGUUGCUCUUUUCUUCCUUUUUGGCCCUUUACUUUGCGAAGACGUCAUUAUGUAUCGAAGAUGAUGGAAGGGAGUCUGUGCUAAAUGUGAAAAUGGAUUGAAGUUGGAUUCGAGUUCUGAGGCUACCUGCAAAAAGCUACCGACACUUUAUUUUUUUUCCUUUUUAGUUUAUCGCUCAGCUCAACAUGUCGAGUGAGCUGAAGUUGUCUCUAUGUGUUGUGAAAGAGUGUCUUAUCCCCUGGAGCUCCUGUUGGCUUGAUCUCAUGUUCUUGUCUUAUUGUGGAUGACUGGACAGGAGGGACUCUACUGCACAGCCCUUUUUGGAUUAAUCAUUUUCUCUAUAUCCCUCUUGGCAGUGUAUUGCCAUACUAAGAUGACCAACAUUUCUUUCAUGCAACUUAUAUGGCAUCUAUACUUAAGUCUUGAUUCCAUGUUUUAUUACUGACCAGGAUGCAGCAGAUGUGCAAAUUUCCAAGGAUACCUUUUUAGUUUAAUCCAAAAUGGUGAUGUAAAACUAAGGAAAACACAUGCUUGAAUAUACGAAGCACAAAUAUGUGCUAUAUAUUUAUUGAUUUUUGUUUUGAGAUAAUAUAUAUUAUUUUAUUUUUAGUUUCUUUAAAAAUGCAGAUUGUUUCAGCCUUUCACAGAUUGAUCCGGAGACUGUUUGUUUACACCAGAAGUGAUCCAGUUCUCUGAGACCCAUUUUAAAAGGAUAAUUCACCCAAAAAAAAAAAUUAAAAAAAUUAAAUUCAGUCAACAUUUACUCGGCCUCAUGUUGUUCCAAAUCCAUAUCACUUUGUUUCUACUUUAGAAUAAUGAUAGAAUUUUCAUUUUUAUUGAACUGUACUUUUAAUUCAAAGUUUCAACCCUGCUCGAAUAAAUCUCAUUUUGAUUAGCUGGUUCAGGCAUAUUUAAUAGAAUCAGAAUUAAACCGGGAGUCUCCAGACCAAUCAGAUAUCAUGGUGAGGCUGUCAAUGGUUUAGUUUUCAACUUUUGCCCUCAAUUCAUCAUUUAGCCUCCAUAUCAUUUGUGAGAGACUCCUUAUGGUCACUGCGGGAAAACAUAUAGCUAGGGUUUGAGAGGCUCAGCCUUCGGGCGCCUUUGGGUAAUUUGUACCCCUUACCUGCAGUGUCUGUAGAGAUUCCCCUGUCUUCUCUGUAGGUUCUUCGGAACUUAAAAAUAUGCUCCUGUGUUCAAGUGCAUGCUGGCUGAAUGUGAACUCAAUGGGGUUGACUAUUUGAAUCUUGUAUAAAAAUGGCCACAAAACACAGCUCUACAUCUCAUUUUUUAUUUUUAUAUAUUUUUAUUUUUUAUUUAUAAUAGAAAAAAAAUACAAAAAUACAAGCUUAAAAAGGCAUGUAGUAGCAUAGCUAUUGGCACAGGUGUAAACAUUGUUUUCAUGCUUGCAUUAUCAUAUGCGGUUCAUAUUAAUAUCUCAACGUUAAGAUUUACAGUGCUUUGCUAUUUUUGUAAACUUCCAUUAACCAGGGACAGACCAUCUUGCAGCAAACGCAAAUAGAUCUAUGGAACCUCUAGAGCCGUGGUUCUCAACCUUUUAUUAAUGAACGCCUCCCUACUUCAUUCCCUUACCUCAGCCGCCCCCCAAUUAAUUGAAAGCGGAGACUUUGUUGUACCAAAAAAAUAUAUAUAUGUAUUAUUUGUGUUAUUUGCUUAAUUUGCUCAAUGCAACUUCAAUGCAUUGCAUAAUUUUAAAGUUUUGUUCAUAAAUUCAGCAGGCUUGCGCAUCAUGAAUGUGAGACCAAACCUUGCGUUUCUUGAAUUCAAGCAGAUGGAGGGCUAUAUCUGGGGCCUAUAAAAUGAAAAUGCGAAGACAGAAACUAAUAAUAAAAGUGAUAUUGUUAAUAUAUUUUACAUUUGACUUUUUGAACAUUUUAAUUUAUUCAUUAUUUAUUUUUAUAAUUUUAACAGAGGUAUUUGUAACAAGACCAUAGCACAUGGAAGCAUGGAUCUUCUUCACUACCAUGGUUAGAUGUAACAUGAUUUCUAUAAAAAAAACUAUGGCAUUUUUGUAAUUAUAAACAGUAGACCUACUCUAAACACAUGUAGUAAUAAUAAUAAUAAUACAUACAUACAAAAUAUAAAUAUAAGUUGAAGUAGUGAUAUGAAAAUAUUAUCAAUCUAUUUCUGCCUAAAGUACAGUUAGUGUUACUAUAGUAAAUUCAAGGGUGGUGAUGUAAAAUCCUGUGCCGAAUUCAAAUGGUUUCUGCUUCUCACACCUUGCUUCUCACUGAUUCUCGCAGAGCUGUGAGUUUAAGAGCUUGAGCUUUAAGAGCUUUGUGCUCGUGCUGCUCUGUCCAUUGAGCCGUAUCCAUCUACAGAGCCAUACAGGUGCAUUAGCCAAUGUUGUGUCUCCGCCUGCGUAUUUGACGCUGUUAAACCAGAUACUUCAGAUUCGUCAUUAGACUUCAAAUUCAGAUGAACUGCGGUACAAAUGCGUACCAACCCGUAUAAUUGAGAACCAACUGAUAUACUCCAAGUCUAGAUGUUUUAAUGCAAAGAGGAACUUGAUGAUAGAUUUGAUUAUUAUGACUGAUAAACGCCCCCCAUUUGUAACCUAACGCCCCUCUCUCUACUAAUUUGCUCUCAGCGCCCCCUGACAUCCUUUGAAAGACCCCUGGGGGGAGCGGUACCGCCCCGUUGAGAACCCUUGCCCUAGAGGACAGAGAGGGGAUUUAAUUUCUAAAUAGUUUUGCGUUCCCUUGCAGUAGUUUGCAUUUCGUAGCAGUAAGUUGUGCGUUCCCUUGUAAUAUGCUUGUUUUUCCCUUGUAAUAAGUUGUUCCCACAUAAUGUUUUUCAUUCUCUUGUAGUAAGUUGUGCAUUCCCUUGCAAUACGCUUUGCGUUCCCUCGUAAAAAGUUUUGCGUUCCCUUGCAUUUGGUUGUUCCCUCGUAAGAAAUUUCCUUUGCAGUAGUUUGUGUUCCCUUAUAAAUUUUGUUUUCCCUCAUAUAAGCUUCUGUUCCCUCGUAAUUGUUUUAAUGUUCCUUCAUGAUAAAUGUUGCGUUCCAUCGUAAUAAGGUUGCGUUUCCUUGCAAUUAUUUUGGGUUCCUUUAAAUCCACUUUAUCCAUCCCUUACAAAAUUAACCAAGGUUUUACUACAAUAACUUUUUUUUAUCCAUGAUAUUCGUAGUAAAACCAUAGUACUAAUACAGGGAAACCAAAGCUAUGGUAAUAGAAAUCAAUCGUUCCUAUCAUUCAAAACUAUUGCAAGGAAACACAAAACUAUUUCAUUAAAUAAAUUUCCUUCCUUGUCCUUUAUUAAGGGGCUCCAUGCAGAUAAAAGCUGCAAACAAGUGUGGCUUUCACAAAGUUUAUCUGCAUUUAUUUCUGUCAGGGCAUUUUUUUUCUUUGCUGACCUUUGCAAGCAUUCCAUAACAUUCUGCUGGAUCCUUCACAUUUUGCAUUUUGGGAUCUGGAAUAUGAUUAUGUGGGCUACAUGUAGCACACUGUACAGACACAACUAAAGACAGCAGCUACUUUUGUAUCGCAUUAGUGCCUCUACAAGACCAGUGUUCGAUCGCUAGUGCUGAAAGCUACCAUCUUGUGCUCUCGUUAAUGACAGUAUACUAGUUUGUGUUGGUGCAUUCCAGUAAAAGGCAUGGCCUGAAAUGUGUCCACAUAAAAAGUUUAGGGAAAAUAUUUAACUGUUGCCAUGCUGCUAUGCUCAAACGAAAGCUGAUUUAAGAACAUUUUAAUGUGGAAUUGUAUGUGUGUUUUCAUGAUGAAUGUGCAUAUAUAUCUUUUUCAGUACCGUGUCAAUACAGCACAUAUCAUGGUGCAUAUUGCUCUGUAGUAAUCAAAAAGAAUAUUGUAUGGUGAAAUCUUGCUACGAAUUGGCUGGAUGGUCCUUCUGUGCCAAAUGUGUCAACAUUCAGGGAUUAAAACAAGUAUUGCUUGGGGGGGGCGGGUUAACAGUUUUUUGACUGAGGCUUCAACAAACAAAUGUAUUACCUUUUAGCACCUGGUAUGCCAUUCUGUAUGUAUGUGUAUGUGUGUGUAACCGAGCGAAAAAGACUUUGGCAUUUUUCACUCAACAUAAAGAUGUGACAUCCAUGCCAGUUUGUUUUACAAUCGGCUGCUACUGGAAACAUUUUGUGACCAUCUACAAAUUUUUGUAUCUUGCACAUUCUCUCAUAGCUUCCACUGGCCAACUGUAAAUACCAAAUAAAUGACUUUUAAAAGAUG